AUACAAGGUUUGGUGCCUUUUUACGUUUCAGGUGCCUGUGCAAAAUGGCUGAAGGUCCACCAGUCCUACCUGUCCCUGAGAUGAAGAAGGAGAGAUAUGAUGAAAUCAAAAAGAAAUUUGUUGAAAAGUUUGGAGAAGAUCCUGCCUUUUUUGCUAGAGCUCCUGGAAGAGUCAAUCUCAUAGGAGAACACAUUGACUACUGUGGCUACUCUGUUCUGCCCAUGGCUGUGGAACAAGAUAUUGUGAUGGCAGUGAAGCCAGACAGCAGUGGCAAGCUGACCCUAGUCAAUACUGAUGGCACAUUUGAGGAAUAUGAAGGUAACGUGAUGAAUAUACAUAUCACCAAGGAUGUGCCCCACUGGUACAAGUAUGUGCUGUGUGGUGUGCUGGGGAUCAAAGAGCAGUUCUGCAGCCUUGUCACGCAGGGUUUCAAGGCCAUGGUUGAUGGAACUGUGCCAAAGAGUGCUGGGCUAUCUAGCUCUAGCGCUCUGGUGUGCUGCUCUGCUCUGGCCAUGCUGAGGGCCAAUCAAUGGCCUAUGUCGAAGGAGCAAAUCGCAGAGACGUGCGCCAAGUGUGAGCAUUACAUCGGUACAGAGGGUGGUGGCAUGGACCAGGCAAUUAGUAUCACUGCUCGGUUGGGCAAGGCGAAGCUCAUUGAAUUCAAUCCUCUGAGAACAACAGACGUCCAACUUCCUGGCAAUGCAUCAUUUGUUGUGAGCAACAGUCUGGCGGAGAUGAACAAAGCUGCCACACCCCACUUUAAUAUAAGAGUUGUAGAGUGCCGGCUGGCUGCUCAGGUACUGGCCCAAUCCCAGGGUUCUGUGAAGUGGAGGGAAAUAAAACGUCUGGGCGAGCUACAGGAGAAACUGGGGCUCAGUCUGGAGGACAUGCUGUCCCUUGUGGCCACCAAGUUACACACAGAACCCUACAGCAAGGAGGAAGUCUGCAGCAUCUUGGGGACAACACCAGAGGAGCUAGCAGAGACCAGCCUUAGUUCAAACACGCUGCACGUUGAAAGUUUCCGUCUUUACCAGCGUGCCACUCACGUGUACAGUGAGGCGAAGCGUGUGUUGCGCUUUAAGGUUGUUUGCGAUGAGCAGCCUGAGGAUGCACUGGAGCAGCUGGGUCAGCUGAUGAACGAGAGUCACGCCAGUUGUCGUGACAUGUAUGAGUGCAGUCACCCCGAGCUAGACAAAGUUGUGGAUGUUUGCAGGCAGGCUGGUGCUGUGGGGUCGCGUAUGACAGGCGCUGGCUGGGGUGGCUGUGCCGUGUCACUCGUCAGAUGUGAUGCCGUCAAGCCAAUGCUUGCACAGGUGAAAGACAACUACUACAAGUUGGAACCCAAGAAGAUGGAAAGAGUCAAGGAGGCUUUGUUUGCUACCACCCCAGGAGAUGGGGCAGCCUUUUAUAUUUAAAAAAUACCCUUCUGUAUAGAAUAGUAAGUGGAGAUUGUUGUGUUAUUUCUGACUGAUGGUUUGAUAAAGAAGCUAUAUUUACCUUCUCUGCAGCUUUUGUACCUAAUUGAACAUAAGAGGCAAAAAUGUUCUUUUCACCUAAUACUCCGUCUCCGGUAUCAGCCGUCCUGGAGGUGAUAUUGCUUUAUUUUUCAUUAGUUCAAAGAGAAGCUCUCAGCCACACAGUAUUUUAUAGCAUUUCUUCUUACACAUAGAAGUCAAAAGUACUAUUGUUUUCUUUCGUAGGUUUAUGUCCUGUUCAUAUCACAAGGCAUAGUAUAAUUUUUGUGGGGAUUUUUUGUUACCUUUACCGGCCAGUGGUGGUGGUUUUUAAUAUAUUUGAAUAUUUGAUCUAAGUGUACAAUAUUUUUGUUGAACUUUUAAUUUUGAGGUGCUAUAUUGUUUACUUUGUCUUCAAAGGUCGUCCUGUUGACUGGAGUGCUAAACAUUCUGGUUGCAUGUCUUUCAGUUGGUUUGUAGCUGUCUAAUAUUUUUCCUUAGGCAUAUCAGCGAGAAACUCACUUUAUAGCAUUAACUCAGAGUACAUUAGUUUAUGUGUAGUAAGUUAUUUCUCAAACAGACUCAUCGACUGAAGGUGUUGCUCCGAAAAUUUAUGAAUUUUGGAGGAUAAGGAGUUAUAUUGUCUGUAAUGCUCUACCUACCGCUAAGUGCUUCACCAGCCAAAUGAAGUUUUGUGAAAUGACUCUUCUCUGACUAAAGCGGUUUUCUGUCAUAUGUCAUGUGUGAACAUUCUGUACCACAGUUAACACAUAAAGUAAGAUUUCCAGUGCUUCGGCCUGGACUUGAGAUCUCUACUAAGGUGUUCAGCAUGUUAAUGGGACUAGCAGUGAUGUGCCCUUAAUCACCGACUGCCAAUACUGACACAGCAUGGGUAGGCCUGGACAUACGAAAAAUGCUGAACAACCCCUUUCGGUUUCGAUUUCUCCACUGUUUUUACACUAUUAAGCAACCUGCUAUCGGUCUUGGCGGUUUCGGAAAGGGAAGAUGUAUUGCCUAUUUAAUUUGGUAGUUGCGUCUCCUGAUCCUUUAGUGUAGCUUUUUGUGGGGGGUUUUUGUAAGGUGAGUUACAAUAGGUAUUUGUUAGAUCUGGUACAGCAUUUCAUGAUUUUAGACUAAAGUUACACCUCAUGCAGCCUCUAAAAUAAAAAUCUGUUCGUUUCUAUGGGUUCUUAUAUUGAACAAGACAUAUACCAGAUGGUCACAAAAGUGACUUAGAAAACUUAGAUCCUAUUUAUAAUGUUUAUAAGGGUAAAAAAAAAAUGUGUCUGUUUUUCAAAUAAUCAUGCAAACAAAUGUACGACACCUGGUGAAAAUCUGUUUUCACCUCAAUAAAACACGACAUAAAAAUAUCUUGAAA